AUGUCCAGGAUCACAAACUCACGUCUAUCUAUCUAUCUAUCUAUCUAUCUAUCUAUCUAUCUAUCUAUCUAUCUAUUACAAUAUGUUUGUCUGAUUCUGUCUCCCACAUCUGUAUCUUUUACAAUCUGUAUAUUCUCUCUCUAUAUCACAAUUUGUACUUUAUCUAUCUAUCUAUCUAUCUAUCUAUCUAUCUAUCUAUCUAUCUAUCUAUCUAUCUAUCUAUCUAUUACUAUAUGUUCGUCUGAUUCUGUCACCCCCUCUGUAUCUAUUACAGUGUUUAUAUUUCUUUCUUUCUCAAAAAUUAAAUCUUUCUUUCUUUUUUUUCUUUCUUUCUUUCAAACUACUCAACUCACUGACACGAAUGAUGUCACCUUGUCGAACCAAGAGCGUGUUCAUAAAGUACUCAGCCAAUUGCGUCUGGACCGUCCCCACCUCUCUCUCUCUCUCUCUCUCUCUCUCUCUCACUCUCUCUAUCAUUCUUUCUUUCUCCCUCUCUCUUUGUUUAAUGUCCUUGUAUGA